AUGUCAGGUAACGGUGCUCAAGGUACUAAAUUCAGAAUUUCUUUAGGUCUACCAACUGGUGCCAUUAUGAAUUGUGCUGACAAUUCUGGUGCUAGAAACUUGUACAUCAUGGCCGUCAAGGGUUCUGGUUCAAGAUUGAACAGAUUGCCAGCUGCAUCUCUAGGUGAUAUGGUUAUGGCUACUGUCAAGAAGGGUAAGCCUGAAUUGAGAAAGAAGGUUAUGCCAGCUAUCGUUGUCAGACAAUCCAAGGCUUGGAGAAGAAAGGACGGUGUCUUCUUGUACUUCGAAGACAAUGCCGGUGUCAUUGCUAACCCUAAGGGUGAAAUGAAGGGUUCCGCUGUUACUGGUCCAGUCGGUAAGGAAUGUGCCGACUUGUGGCCAAGAAUUGCUUCCAACUCUGGUGUUGUUGUUUAA